AUUACUUUUAAUUUACAAUUUAUUUGACGACAAAUCGCGUAAUCUUUUUGGGUUUAAAUAUCGAGCAUCACAUCUGUGGCCACUCAUCAGCGCAUCCACUGAAGACAUUGAUCCGAUAGCAACGAUGAGCGACAGCGGAGUGGCGGUCAAACGCGGCGCCCAAUUGUCAGACAACAGUCCCGACUCUCUAUUACACACAUGUGUCCGAUAUGUGGUCAGAGAGGGUCUCGACUUACGGCCCGUGUCUUUGCCGCAAGAGAUCUGUGAUCUACUCAUUCACGUCUAUCGCGAGACACACGUGAAUGACAGCGAACUCGUGAGCGAAUCGUUACAGAAGUUUUUGUCCCAAUUUCGGGCCAAUAAUAGCCGCGUAUGUGUGGCUAAGUUUGCCGACCUGUCCAUCAUUGACGAGACACUGGAAUCGUUUCUCGAGGAGCACUCCAAGUCCAUCACUCACUUGGAUGUGUCCAACUGUCCACACCUGACGGGUCAGGCCUUAACGCACAUCAAUACAGCGCUCACACGUAUUGUAGACACGCGUCGACUGCGCCGCACAGUGCGGGUCAUAGAGGAGGGCCCGUGUCAUGAGUGCCGUGUCUUGUAUACCAAACACUACGCCAAUGGUGUGAUCACAACCACGAGAGACAACUGCACUGUCGACGAAAACGUGGGCCUCAUUACCGAUGAUUACUCUCUGACACAAGCGAUGGGUAUCUUCGAUGACCCGGAUUUCAGUGACUUUAAGGCCCGAAAAAUACGCGAAUUGAAUGGCAUUCGGGGUUACGAUUGGCGGCUAUCGGACGAAGCGAUGGCCGUUGAAUGCGAUGGAGUGCCGGCCGUAGCGACCAAUCGGUCACCAAUUUCUGUGAGUGAAUGCGAAUACUAUAAGCCGUCGGAGAGUUUCAGUAAGAAUAUGGGCGACAAUCGGAUCAAGACUUUAGAGAUCAAAACAUGGCAGCCGUCGCCCCUCCAGACACUCAUCAUCGGUCGUUCAGCGCAUAUACUGCCCGACUAUAUAGAGGAGGACGGACUCGACGAUGAGGAGUUCUCAUCCCAUAGUCAUCUAAUUAACCCAUUGUUAACAAUACGUAAACUAGUGAUACACGAGUGGAACUCAAUCGACACGUCCGCCCCUUAUCUCAAGUAUUUAAUUAACUCUCAAAUGAAACACACGUUACAGCACUUGGACUUAAGUAAUGGCAGCGCUAUCGAUGACGGCUCACCACUGGAACAGUUGCAGUCAUUGAAAACAUUGAUUCUAUACAACUGUCCAAAACUACAUCUGGCCAUCAAUAAUAUCGUUAAGAUAACGACUUUACGUUGUCUCGACAUCUCAUCCACUAAUGACCGCUACGGACACGGAUAUAAACAUCCGAACAAACAGUUGACACUUAUAGUGAACUCUUUGCCUGAAUUGACUCGACUGGACAUAUCGGGCACUAAUCUCGCGGGUCCUCGCUGUGAAUACAUCCCGGGAUUAGUUUCACGAAACGCAACACCAUUUGAAUACUUAGGACUUUACAAUACGGCCAAUGAGGCGGCCUAUAGGCGCACAAUACCCGCCCAUUCAGUUUCGGGCGACGCCACUGAAGAGCAGAUACUGACGGCUUGUGAAGCUUAUAUCGAUAGAGUGGAGUUCUUGAGGCGUACACUUAAUGAUCUGUUCCACUGUUUCCGUUUUGAAACUAACUUCCAUAACGUGAACCGAGCGCUUGAUAUUGUGUUGCUAUCGAUGUCCAGGCAUUUGCAUGAGAAGCAGAUCCAGAUCGCGGCCUCCGCUUCGCUCUUCUAUAUCGUUAAGUCAGACGAAGCGAAACAUAACUUCAAUAUUAAAGUGAAGCGAUUGAUAAUUACUAAACUUCUGGACGCUAUGUAUGAACACAGAUAUGACACCACUAUGUUACGAAACGGAAGUUUGACUCUCAUUCACUUCAAGAUACCAACUGAUGUGAUUUUUGAAUACUCGCGUUUAGUGGAGAUUCUGUUGCAUAUAGUGACCAAUGAUGAGGACGACUUCAUCCAGAGAUUGGUUAUAACCCUAACUGUGCCGGUGCUGUAUGUGCUGUGUAUAGGUAUCUAUUUGUUGAAUACACUCGCGUGUCAGGUCGACGGCGACCAGAAGACAAUUGUUGGCGACUUGGGAGCCAUCGACAAAAUGCUGUCAUUAAUCGAUACGAGACUCCAGAGGAAUAUGUGCGAUGAAGUAAUGGAGACGGCGUGGAGUACAAUGUGGAACGUGACCGACGAGACACCAGUAAAUUGUGAGCGAUUUCUCAAUCAGAAUGGAAUGGAUUACUUCGUGUCGUGUAUGACAUCGUUUCCCAACAGCGCCGAGUUGUUGAGGAAUAUGAUGGGACUGUUGGGAAACGUCGCCGAAUGUGAGAAACUGCGGCCCCGACUGAUGAACGCUCAAUAUAUUGAACGCUUUGUAGAGCUGUUGGACAGCGAGUCGGACGGCAUUGAAGUGAGCUAUAAUGCGGCCGGAAUUCUCUCUCAUAUCGCGUCUGACGGCGAGUAUAAGUGGCGACAGAUAUUGCCGUUUGAUUGCAGUCGAGACGAUAUGUUGAACCGAAUGAGUGCCGCCAUUAGCCGAUGGAAGAUCAACUCCAAGAGAAAUAUCAACUACAGAUCCUUUGAACCGAUUCUACGUCUAUUAAAGUCAAGCAUACCAUCAGAGGCUCAGUAUUGGGCGGUCUGGGCGUUGGCUAAUCUGACCCGAGUCUACAGUCAAAAAUAUUGUCCACUCCUGAAGGAUGACAGAGGGUUAGAAGUGUUGGAACAAUUGGUGGACAACGAGUCGGUUCCCCAUCGGAUCAAACACUUGUCGUCUCUAACUCUAUAUCAAUACGAUUUGUUUACAAAAGAGAGUCAUCUGACGGCUCUCGAGAACAGCGAAGACAUGGAAAUACCGGCCGAUUUUGUGAGACAAUCGCACCGAUAGUUAGUCGCGAGUGUUUUGUUAAUUAUAUGACAUUUUACUUAUUCAUCUCAACAUUCAUUACAUUUUAUUUCAUUAAAUUUUUAUAUUCAUUUACAUUUAAAAGACAUGAUUAUUAUAAUAAUUACUUUUAAUUCACACCAAAAGUCUAAG